UCUUCAACUCAACACGAAUCAGAAUUUGAAGUUUGAAGGAAGCUUUACUUUCUGUUUUUCUAAAUAAGCUCUGCAAUAAAUCUCUUAUUCGCUUUCCGAAUAGUGACUCAGCCAUGACCGAUCUCGAUCGAGUCAGAAGGGACGAUCCUUUCCUUCUGCAGUAUCAGCCGUCCGAUCUCCGAAUUGCGUCGGAGUUCCUCACCACGUGGCUCCCUUUUCUCUCCAGAGAUCUCUGCCAACACUGCACCCAAAUCCUCUCCGAUCGCAUCCGCUCUCUCGAACCUGAAGUUGAUGCCGAAGCAGAACCUUCACAUUCAGAUACAACAAUAACGCCUGUGCCCCUAAGCAAUAGUGAAUCGCAUGAGAAUUGUUUGGAUGAUAACUGUGACAAUAAUUCAUCGGGAAGUUGGAAAGAUGGAGAUGGAGAUGAUAUGAAUUCCUUGGGUAGUUGGAAAGAUGAAGCGAAUGGGUGGUCAGAAUCUGUUUCAGAAGCUUCUACUAGUGGAAUCCUUGGUGCUGCACCUUUGGUUGAAGCCCCGAGCCACCGGAUGUCUUGGGCUGACAUGGCACAGGAAGAUGAAUUUGAGGAGGAACAGACGGAUUUGAACAAGCGGAUGGUUAAUACAAGUGCUUUGACUGGGGAGAUGAAGAUAUCAAGGGAUGUUGAAAAGCCCAAGUUGUCGAGAGAUCAAAGAGAGUACAUCAGGUUUAUGAGUGUGAAGAGGAAGAAGGAUUUUAUUUGUUUGGAGAGGGUCAAAGGAAAGAUUGUUAAUAUUCUUGAGGGACUUGAACUACACUCUCUUGUUUUCAGUGCUGUAGAGCAGACAAGAAUAGUUAAUUAUGUGCAUGAACUCCAAGAGUUGGGGAGCAAAGGAAAACUGAAAGAGAGAACAUAUACAGCCCCACAGAAGUGGAUGAGGGGCAAAGGGCGCGUAACCAUCCAAUUUGGUUGUUGUUACAAUUAUGCAACAGACAAAAAUGGUAAUCCACCUGGCAUCCUCCAGAAUGAAAUUGUAGAUCCUAUACCUAAGCUCUUUAAAGUGAUCAUUAGAAGGCUGAUCAAGUGGCAUGUUCUCCCCCCGACUUGUGUACCUGAUAGUUGCAUUGUUAAUAUUUAUGAUAAAGGGGACUGUAUACCUCCACAUAUUGACAAUCAUGAUUUUGUUCGGCCUUUCUGCACGGUGUCAUUUGUUAGCGAGUGCAAUAUAGUAUUUGGAACUAACUUGAAGGUUGUGCGUGCUGGCGAGUUUACUGGAUCAAUUGCAAUCCCUCUACCUGUAGGAUCUGUUCUUGUGUUAAAUGGAAAUGCAGCUGAUGUGUCUAAGCACUGUGUGCCUUCAGUUACAUCAAAGAGGAUAUCUAUCACAUUUAGAAAAAUGGAUGAUGAAAAACGGCCUAUUGGCUUUGUUCCAGAGCCUGAUUUGCAGGGGAUUGAACCACUAGCAUAUGACAUGGACAAAACAAAGAGGUUAAAAUCUCCCAUGUCUGAGCCUUAUGGGAGAAGGCAGACAAUUGGGAAGGAUGGAAAAAUGGAUGCUAGAGGAUUUGGAGAGAAUGGUUCCCAAUCAGAACCUCGUUACUCAACUCGAAGUAGACGAGGGUCUGCAAAUAAGUGGAGGGUCAGGUGAUGGAUGAGAUCAAACCAUUCUGCUGGUUAGUGUAAUUUUCAGAUGUGAAUGGCUUAGAUUUAUUUGUGGGCAUAUUCUGGUCUUAUAUGGAUAAGUUUGUUAUAGAGUUUCAGUGUGUGAAAGAGCUAAGAGAAAUGGCAUGUGGGCAUUUAUAUAUCUAUUUACCUCUGUAAAAGCGUGUCAAAUGAAUUCUUAGUUGGAUUCUUACUUGAGCUAUCUACAAGCAUUUAUGAUUGGGAUUGAGACCAAUAUUCAAGAGUAUGCUUUUACUAUAAAGUUGUUGAGUUGACUA